CCUCGUCUGGGUUUGGCGGCGGUUCAGCAUUUGGCGGUCAGACACCGCUGGCAGGCGGCAGCUUGUUUGGAGGUGGAGCCAGUGGUACCGCUGGCAGUACAGGUGGUGGAUUGUUUGGUUCUGUAGGUGGCUCAGGGUUUGGGCAGACACAGAACCCUGGUGGAUUUUCAUUUGGCGCCAAUGCAAGUGGCAACACUGGAGGACUGUUUGGCAACACUAGCCAGGCCAACACGGGAACAAGUUCCUUGUUUUCAACACCAGCAGCUAGCACCGGGUUUGGAGCUAGACCCGGAGGUUUUGCUGCCACUGGUGCAUUCGGUGGGGCCAGCGCUGGUAUGGCCACAGUUGGGACCACUGUUCCCUUCAACCCACCAAAUGGUCAAGAUACCAUGAUGAAAAGUGGAGUCACCACGAACAUCAACACUAAACACCAGUGUAUCACAGCCAUGAAGGAGUACGAAAAUAAAAGUUUAGAGGAACUUCGAAUGGAAGAUUACAGCGCUAACCGGAAAUCAAAACAGGCAGGCUCAACCAGCACAGUGGGCUUAUUUAGUCAGACUCCAGCUACUCAGGCAAACACAAGUUUUGUGUUUGGAGGUGGUCUGGAUUUUGGCAGCACUAGUUCUGCAGCGACAACACCUUUCAGCCAAAAUAGGCCUCUGUUCGGGACAGCCACAACAACCCAGUCCGGGUUUGGUUUCGGUACUUCAACAGCGACUCAGCAGUCCUCCUCCCUCUUUGGAAGUCCUGCUAGGCCUUUGUUUGGAGGUACAACCUCAACCCAGCCCUCGUUGACUGGAGGAUCCAGCUUUUUUGGAGCAUCAGCUGCUGGGGCAUCCAAUCCAGUCGGAUUUGGUACCAGCACACAAAGUGGAGGAUUGUUUGGAGCAGCUAAGCCAACAGGUUUCGGCACAGCCACCACACCGUCGAUUGGCUUUGGAACUGGAGGAAGCCUGUUUGCCAAGCCCACAUCACAAGCCUCAACGUUUGGGUUUGGAACUAACACUAGCACUGCUGGAUUUGGGAAUACAACAGGAGGUGGUCUCUUCAGCAGUAUUAAGCCUACAGGAUUUGGUACAGCAACCACAGGCUUGGGAACUGGAACAUCAUCAUUUGGGUUUGGGGCUGGGCUUGGUACAGGAACAGCAACUAACACGUUUGGUUUACCUGCAGCAAAACCAGCCUUUGGAACUGGUUUCUCAUUUGGGGGUGGAACCUCCGGAACCACAGCAUUUGGCAGCACUUUAGGAAGUACAAACAAUCCGAUCGGCAGUCUUAAUCUAGGAGGGGCUGGCACUAAUUUGGGCAUGGGUGCUACAGCACCUACCCAGAGCAACAGCAACCAGCACCUUCUGGCACUAGCCUCCUCGCCUUAUGGGGACAACCCUUUGUUCUGGAACCUGAAGCAGCAAAGUAAAGAUCGUAGAGAUGACGCCUUGAAACCUACCAACCCCAACGCCCAGAAAGCUGCCUUAUUCUCAGCAAAUCGGCCAAAGGUUAGCCCUCGACCGACUACAAAGAUCAAGCCAAAAUCACUUCACUCCCUUCUUAGUGGAGGGAAGGCACAGUUGUUUGAUGGGCUAGAAGAUGAAGACUUUAGCUUCGGCGAUGACACCUUUAUUCCCCGCAAGAGUGUGAAGAAACUUGUCCUGGGAAAAAGGACAAGUAACAAGUCACUUGCAGAGUCAAGCUCGGUCUACAGUGACACAGUUGGAGAUGUCACAUCUCAGCUGGACGAGUCCUGCAACAGUAAUGGCCCAGCA